CUGCUUUUUUUUUAAAUGCACCUGCAUUUACAACAGGAAGUGGUGUUUUUGUUUAUAUUUCUUUCAGACUACCUGUGUCAUGUGUAUGUGAGAAAUGACAACCUGAGUGCAGUGGUCAUCGCAGAUACGGAAUACCCACAGAGAGUGUGUUUUACAUUGCUGGAUAAGGUGCUUGAUGAGUUUUCCAGGCAGGUGGACAGUAUAAACUGGCCCUCUGGUAAUCCUGAAACCAUAAACUACAAAGCCUUAGACAUUCACCUCGCUAAAUACCAGAACCCCAAGGAAGCAGAUGCAAUGACCAAAGUGCAGGCAGAGUUGGAUGAGACAAAGAUCAUUUUGCACAACACCAUGGAGAGCCUUUUGGAAAGAGGAGAGAAGCUGGACGACCUAGUGGCAAAGUCGGAACACCUGGGAAACCAGUCCAAGGCGUUCUACAAGACUGCGCGGAAACAGAACUCGUGCUGUGAAAUAAUGUGAUGUCGGAUCUGCGUGGACUCACUUGUCUCUGCCUUUCUACUUUUCCUACAUCUUGCACUGGUCACCAGCUUUCAACACCAAGGAUGGGGAUUUUGACAGGGAUGGGAGGUGGGGUGAUUGGAUGGGAGAAAAAGAUGGGUGGAAGGUGGUUGUCUGGACAGUGACUGAUGGGGCUGAAGGAUUAAUGGGGUUUGGUCAGGGGGAGGAGAAAAUUCUGUAGUAGUUGUUGACCUUGUUAAGGUAUGAUCAUCUGUGUGGUGUCUCCGUUCCAGCGGAGGAAGGACUGGUGUGACGUAUUGGUGAUGUUUUAUCUUCAGAACAUUGAAUAUUACCUGGAUUGAUUUACCUCCCAAUAGAUUAAUCUAAAAUAUUUCUUCGACAGAGUAUUAACUAUAGACAUGUUCAGUUCUACAAAUUUUGUGCUUCUCUCAAGUCUCAUAGUAUAUAUCUCCAAUAUUCCCACAUUGGGUGAUUGUGUGUUAUUGUGUGAUUGAAAUGGGUCUUAAAUUAAGAGAUGGAGGUUAUAUGUAUAUAUAAAGAUGUUUCUCAAUCGAUGCAGCCUUAUUGCUAUGUGACGACUAUGUAAACGACCUGUGCUGUGUGAGAAUCGCCAUCUAACAUUUGUUUGUUUUCACCAUUGCUCUGCGUACUGUACCAUGCUUUUAACUUGUAGCUACACCACCACCUACCUUCCCUACCUUUUGAGUUUAUCUUUAUUUACAUUUUACUAUGAUUUUUUUUGUUACCUUGCUGUGCGGCUUAAUUCUCUGCUCUCUGACUGUUUCCAGUCUUUAUAGGCUGUGUAAAUUCAAAUGUCAUUCUCGUAAGACAUGACACCGCUUACUUUUGUGAUGCUGUCAUCUAAAUGGUUAUUAUUCCUUUACAAAAUACAGAUCAGUUUAAAAUGAAGACACGCUUUUGGUUGUGUGUAUUUUUGAUUUUUUUUUUUCUUCAUGUCUUUGACAACACGUACAAUUUGCUGAACACACAAUAUCUGCAGACUGCAUUGAUGUUGAGUUCCUGUGUGUUUUUGUGAGUACGCAUUUUGCUAUUCGUUUGUGUAAUAUCACUGCAGACUGUUGGUGUCGCUGUGCAACGCAGAGCGAAUAAAUGGAUAUAUUUCCCAUAAA